GACUUAUGAGAUUAUGAGACUGUUUUUUUGGGUCGUGUUUGGAUUUGGGUUGGAUUUCCAAAUAUUUUAUAAACAUUAAACACUGAAAUACCCCUUUUUAUAAUUACUUUUUAUAUGACAAGCAGAGUUUUAUAGCAACGCAAUAUGGCAACUAACGGCGGUUAUAAUAUGCACAAGUCUUGUGGACAUUCUUGUAAUGUUAUAAAAAAGUGGCAGUGGGAUAUUACAAAAAUGACUGGCCACAAUGGCAAUAUUGAUAAAUAUGCUGUACUUGUGCUGAAUCGGCCAAUAUCACAAAGAACAAAUUUUAUUAAAAACUUUUGGAACAAUGCUGUAGUGAAAGUAACUGUUGAUGGUGGUACUACAAGAUGGGAUACAUUUGUAAGCAAACUACCAGAAGAUGAUAAAGAGAACAUCUUAUUACCAGACCUUAUUACUGGGGAUUUUGAUUCAAUAACAGAAGAAAUAUUACAGAAAUAUAAAAAGAAAGGUUGUAAGAUCAUACAUACUCCAGAUCAAAACCACACAGAUUUUACAAAGGCUUUGAUGGAGUUAAAUAAUUAUUGCUCGGGACAUAAACUGAAUAUAGACCAUGCUGUGGCCAUAGCUCAAGCUUCAGGAAGAAUUGAUCAAAUCUUGGGAAAUGUGCAGACUUUAUACCUUGCAAAACAGAAGCACUUGCUAAAUUUUACUACUAAUGUUUAUGUUUUAUCAGAUGAUGCAAUGUCAUGGCUCCUGUUUCCAGGGGAUCAUAUAAUUUUUGUUCCUGAAGAGACAAGGAAACAUGAGAAGUCUUGGUGCUCUUUGAUACCUAUGGGGGAAAUCUGUGAAAGUGUUACAACCACUGGCCUCAAAUGGAACUUAGAUAAUGCAUCACUCAAGUUUGGUGAAGUAGUCAGUACCUCUAACACAUUUGAUGGGUCGGAGAAAGUAACUAUUAAAUGUAGUAACACAAUUCUUUGGUCUAUGAAAGUUCCUAGUAUCUGUAGUUAAAGAAAAUAGUGAUGAAUUAACAACUAGAACAAUAUCGUGAACUAAAUAUUUUUACGUAAAUAUAACAAUAAUUUAUAAUUUUUUGUAAUUAGUUUCUGUAUGUAUUUUGUAAUACUAUGCGCAAAUGAUAAAAGUGGGAUCAGGUUUAAAUACAACAUCACGUUCUAGACAUUUCUACAGUACCGCCAUGAUUCGCCGCUAAUUUAAAAUUAGUUAUUUAUUAGUGAAAGUAAAGUUACAGUCUAUACAAUAUGUAACAAAAACCCUGUGGUUCCCGUUAAGUACGUUAUCAGGAUCAUUAUUCAAACGUAUAGCAAUAACUUUUUUAAAAAAAAUUUAUUUAAAAAAAAUAAUUGUAUGCAAGUUGUAUGUGGUUUUAUUACCUCUGCAUUGUCUGGGGAGUAAGAGGAUUGUCAAAGACCCCGUUUUACAUAGCUUUAGCAUCGGCUAGUGUCAGUAAGAGGUAAUAAAACCACAUAAAAUUAAAAAAUAAAUUAUACAAUAAAAAAGAAAUAUGGUCGAGUUUUUAAAAAAAAGUUAUUUCCAUACGUUUGAAUAAUGAUCCUGAUAACGUACUUAACGGAAACCAGAGGGUUUUUGUUACAUAUUGUAUAUAAAUUUUUGCACACUUCACAACUUGAAGUUGGUGUGCAAUACAAAAAUUUCGUUUGACUCUUCGUUGAUUCUUCACCUACUGCCCACAACACUGUUACCUUUAUAAAAGUAGUAUUUUAUUAUCUAGUACAUAUAGAUGUGACUUAUGUAUUUUUUUUAAAUCUAACUUAUUGAUUUAUUACACAAUCUUUUUUUAAACCUAGCAUUUAGUAUAAUAGUUGACGUAAUAAUGGUAUAUAUUGGUAGUUACCUGAUAUAUUGCAUGUCGGCAGCCUAAAAGAAUCCAUCAACCCAUUUUAACCAUCUUCAAAAAAAGAGGAGGUACUCAAUUCGACUGUAUUUUUUAAUGUGUGGUACCUCAGAACUUUUUUCUAGGUGAACCAAUUUUGAGGAUUCUUUUUUAUUUGAAAGCUAGUGCUUCUCAUGUGGUCCCAUUUGAACAAGAUCUGACCAGUAAUUUUCGAGUUAUCCUUAAUAAUGCGUAUUUAAUUGACGUCGACUACAUUGAUGAUGUUCUCAUUUUCUUUAUAUUCAAGUCGGUUGUACAAAUUUUUUAUUCUACCACUUGUCUUGUAUGGAUUUCAUAAGAUCAUAUUACUCGUUAUUUAAGAUAGUUUAUAUUAUUUGUUUUUAUUUUCAUAAGAUUAAUUGCAUGCUAGAAACUUUUUACCCCUUUUUAGACUGAGAUUUGGCGGAGUUAAAGUUAGUAAGGAGAAGGAACAAGCAGAAAACUACAAUUUAUAUAUAGUAUGUGUUACAAAUACAUCAUCAAAAUAAAAUUAUAAAUACGUUGUUUAUUUUCAUACUUGCUAAUGUCAAACAAUUGUCGCUUAGAUAAAUUCAUUCGUUUGUUGAAGUUCGUACUGCCAAUGUCUUAGAGUAAGUACACAAACACUUAAUAGUCUAUGGUCAAACAACCGCACAGAGUGGAUAAUGACCAAAGAGUGUUUAUUUAAUAUGUUGUAUAUUAGAUACUUGUGUUUUAUAUUUUAAUGUGCACUUACGGUCGAAUUUCGACUAUUAAGCGACCUGUGGUAAAAUAUAAAUAUAUAUCACAAACAUCACCCACCCAUCUUUAAAUUUUUUAGUUCUUAGAUUUUUGAAUUAAAAUAGUACAUUCCUACAAUUAUAUAUUAUAUUAAGUUAAAUUAAAUCGACAAAAUUAUAUUUUAACCCUUAAUUUGGCAGGAUUGUUUUUUUAUUUAAUUACUGUUAUUUCAAUUUAUUUUACUACAUUGCGUGUAAGUAAAAGGGAAAAAAUAUAAAUUAAAAUAACGAGGCGUGCAUUUUUUUUAGAAAUGUUUGGCAUAAUAUAGUACACAUAUACUGAUGUUCAAAAAAGAUGCGCUUUAAACUUUGGUAUAAUAUACUAUACAUAUCUAACUCACAGAUCGAAUGAAAGAGAUUAUCAAAAGUUAAUCAUUAUGUAAAUUAUAAAAGCAGUUUCGCUUAUUUAGGAUAAAACAAAGUCUAAGUUGACAUUUGGUACAAAAAACAUUUGUUUGCCCUUUUUUAUAAUACGCGCAUAUACUUAACGCCCAUAAGUGGUACCGGCUUGCUCAUGGCUAACUGUAUCACGACGGGCCGAUAUUGUCGCAGGGCCGGCAGAAAUCUUCUGGACGAAGAUAUGCACGGUACUUCGACUGUCAAAGAGGGUUUUCCAAAUUUUAUUUUUUAUAAUAAGUUUUUAUAGCCGGGAUGGAUGUUUUGACUGUUGAGGGGUUAGUCAAUCCGAGGGCCACGGCUAAUUAAAAAUGUUUGUUCUAGGGCAUGGUUCAAGGACAAUAGUCAAAUGACGGAUUCGACCUACGAAAUUUAGAUCUGCAGUCUGUGCCCUUGUCCUUUACGCGAUUGUCGCUUUAAGACAGUAAUAAUUUACAUAAUCAUUAUAUUUAUAAUAUUAUUAUAUAAGGUACUAUAACGUCUUUUCAAAUAGAAAUAUGUGCAGUAAAAAGUUUUAUUUCUUGCACACAUUUACUAAAAGUUUGAUAUGUGGUGACAUAUUGCUACGCCGUUUUAUUUGUAAAAUUACUUAUUUUUAUUAGAAAAGUUGUCUGACAUUAAAUGAUUUUGGGAACAGUU